AUGGCGCGCUCAGCAACAGAUGCAACACGAUUUACUUCGACGACCCCACACGCUGCUACAAAACCAAAACCCGUAUCGAGAAAUCCAGGACCACCGGGAGAGACACCGCAACAGAGAGUCAAGAGGUUAAGAGCUGCGGCAGAUAGAGCUCGAGAUGCACAAAUUUCGACUUUCGACAAGUUUCUCUUGAGGGGAAGAGUAUGGGCGGAUAAGGCGCAUAGGUUUACAGCUUUCAGUUUGAUUGGACUUACAUUCAUUGCCGGUGGCGUCACAGUCUAUGCACUCGGAGAUAUGAUGGUAUAUAAUCGCAAAAAGCGCGCCGAGUUUUACGCAGAACAGAAAUUCAAAUAUGCUAUGGCACUUGAGAGUGCACAAGCUGCCGCAGCAUCCGGCACCGCAACCGAAUCACAAAUCGAGUUUUUGAAUAGAGAAAAGGAGCGGGAACAGAAAGUGAAGAUUGCGGAAGAGGCCAAAAAGAAGGCACCUGGAGCAUGGAAGAAGAGUAAGGAUUGGUUAUUCUCGGGCCUCAAGAAAGAAGAAGAGGGAGAUGAUGUAGGGACGAGUGAGAGAAGGCUAGGAUACGAGGCAAUGAGCGAAGAGGACGAUAAUCUUGGGGAGAGGGAAAGUGAUGUGCUAAGAGCGAUCGAGGAGAAGAAAAUGGCAAUACAAAAUAAGGCCAAAUCCGCAUUUGAGGCAGAGAAGGAGAGACAGAGAAAUGGUGGACCGCUGGAUAGGAUAGGGACUGACGGGGAAGAACAAAAGCCGAAGUCUGGCGGCUGGACAUCUUUCAUGAUAAGGAAAUGA